AUGGGGUACCUGGGCCGGAAGCAUGGCCUCAAAUCGUCUACUAACGUUCCUCCGGACGUCAACAAUCCACCAUUUUAUAUUCCGGUCAGGCCUAUUGCAAAUAGGUACACCCUGAUGCAGGAGCUAGGGAACGGCAGCUUCGGCUCCGUGACGCUGGCCAAACUAGCGGGCAGCGAGGGCGCGGACAAAGAUGCCCGCGGGCAACACGACCACAAGAGGCUCGCCGCGUCAACGCGCCAGCAUUACCACAAUACACUGAUGGAUGACGCUGUGGUCCCCAGUAUCGAGCAGGAAAACUACCACAACAAGCAGCGCGGCGUGCUGGCGAUCAAGACCAUGAUGACCCGACUCCCAACACUCAACGAUUACACGCGCGUACGUGAGGUCAAGUUCAUCCUCUCCAUGCCAGCGCACAAAAAUUUGGUACAGAUAUGGGAGCUUUUCAUCGACGACAUCAACUAUCAGCUUCACAUCGUCAUGGAGUGCAUGGAGCAGAACCUGUACCAGCUCAUGAGGGCGCGCCGCAAGCGAGUGUUCUCGCUGCCCUCGUUAAAGUCGAUUCUAUCUCAAAUUCUGGCUGGUGUGCGGCAUAUUCAUGCCCACAACUUUUUCCACCGUGAUUUGAAGCCAGAGAACAUCCUCAUCUCGCCAUCCAGUCAUUAUUUUAGCAAAGAAUGGAUUUUAGAAGGCCACUACUCGGAUAAUUACGUGGUAAAGAUUGCUGACUACGGUCUCGCCCGUCAUAUUACAAACAAGAGCCCCUACACAGCAUACGUCUCCACUCGCUGGUAUCGGUCGCCCGAAAUCCUCCUUAGAAAAGGUCUCUAUUCGAGGCCAUUAGAUAUUUGGGCAUUCGGAUGCGUAGUUGUCGAGGUGGCGACAUUCAGGCCCUUGUUCCCAGGUUCUGACGAGAUGGAUCAGAUAUGGAAAAUUCUGGAGGUUCUUGGAACGCCUCACACGAUGCCAGAAUCGACACUGAGUGGCUAUCAUCCGCAUGGCGGACUGUGGGAGAAAGCACAAGUGCUUGCCUCUAGGCUCAACCUAAAAUUUCCUUACGUUGAAGGCGUAAGUAUAGAGUCUAUUAUGGACAACCCACACUUACAACCAUUAUGCGACGUAGUAAAAGCCUGUUUGGUUUGGGAUCCAAAGAAGAGGGCCACUGUUGACGAAAUUUUCUGCAUGCCCUACUUCGAAGAGGCCAAGCCCUGGGCUGAGCCUAAAGGCCUCAAUGAUUCCAAUACGGACAACUGUCCUUUGAAUGACGAGAACUUGAACAAGGGGCUUGGUUUGCGCCACUACUGGAGUGGCGGUCUCAACAGGGGCUCCAGGCACCCCCAUGGGGAAAACGCAUCCUUGGCGCCAAUUGAGGUCGAUUCAAACGGCGCAAAAAUACGAGGCCCCAAGGAAACUGAAAUCUCGUUUCGCCAGUUUCUCAAAGAGUCACUACUUCCUCUUCCAAUGUCAAAGGAAACCAGCCGCGGCAGCGACGGAAAUAGGCUGCACAACGAAGCCGGUCCAGAAGAUGUUGCCGACCUGCCGCUUUCCGAAGACUCAGUUGCAAACAUAUCACCAGUAUCGUCCCUCAACGAUGCGGAAAACGUAGGCGUUUUAGAGCCGCCCGAGGUCGACGAUAGUUUUGCCGCCUUUUUCGUUAGCAAAUCGGCAGAAUUUGAGUAUCCUGCCGGCGCUGAGGUGGCAGCCGGAAACUUGGAGCCUAGCUACAUCCAUUAUGGGGAUUCGACGGAUGAUCGCAUAAUUCCUCAUCAUCGUUGUAACGUUUUGGAUGACAUGUCGGUGGAUUCAAGCGGUUCGAACAGGGUUCCCCGAACGUUUGCAGUUCCCCGGAUAAGUGAGGAAUGCAACGUAUCGGCGCAGGCAAGCCACAAUCAUAGUUUUUCGCACACAAAUAGUCUCACUUUUUGA